AUGUCACAAGACCAAGAUAUGACUACCUCAAUCAAGAGCCUGUCUAUCAAGACACAGGAAGAGCCGGUACAGGCUUCCACAAAGCCCACAACCAAGAAAAAAGCCGCAAAGGAGGUCAUUGCAGACUCCUGGGAGGACGCUGACUUAGAUUCGGGCUCCGGAGCUGAGGACGAGUCAAACAAGGCCACAUCCACCGUCACGCCUGCACCUCCUCCUCCGACGCCCAUGUCACCUGUCGGUGAUUUGUCCUGGACAUCUAUGUCAAGCAGCUCUGUACCUGGCCCUCGAGGUGGAACUGAUCCAGACCGACGACCAGAGAAAACUGAUGCCGUUGCCCGUCGGAUGAUAGCUGCUGGACUAGGCCUCAAAGCACCCAAACAGACAGAGGAACAAAAGGCGUACCAGAGGAGCGUGCGUGAGCAGGAAAAGAAGAAGAGAGAGCAGGAGCGAGAGGAGGAAAAGAAAAGGCAGGCCGAGGUUGAGAAGGCAAAGGCAGCUGUCUGGGAUGAUUAG